UGAGCAUGUCUUCACAAUGAGAUCUUUCCAAUCCAUCACUAGUUUCACAUUUCUGCAUUUCUUCAAUCGAUACCCACAGGUUUUUUAAAGCUAUCUUCUAAAUCCACUCACCUUCCUACGCACCGCGAAUCUGUUUCAGCCCUCACCAUGUCUGAACGACGCAAUAUCGUCAUUCUUGGCGCCUCCUUUUCUGGUCUCCUCUCCGCUCACUAUACUCUCAAGCACAUCCUCCCUGCCCUAAAAGCCAAGAAAGAUGCUAGGUAUCACGUCUACGUCAUCAGUCCAUCAUCCGACUUCUAUUUCCGUAUAGCGUCCCCACGAACUGGUGCUUCGACAGCGCUUUUACCUGCGGAGAAGAUUUUCUUUGAUAUCCAUAAGGCUUUCAAGCCGUACCCAGCAGAAGACCUCACCUUCAUCCAAGCAGCUGCUACUGGUCUCAAUAUCACAUCUCGUUCAGUGUCCUACAAGCGGAGCGAUUAUCUUGGAGAUGAGACUCUCAAUUACCAUGCUCUCAUUGUCGCAACAGGUACUAGGACCCACGACCCCGUCUACUCUCAGCACACCGACUCCGCAGCUACGAUUAAUGCGAUUAAGAGCAUGAAUGCGAAAGUUUCAUCAGCUAAGGAUAUAAUCAUCACUGGAGGUGGUCCUACAGGUGUCGAAAGUGCUGGCGAACUUGGCGAGCUCCUGAACGGCAAACCAGGCUGGUUUAGCACGCCUCCCCGCAAAGUCAACAUCACUCUCAUCACAGCCGCCAAUCAACUCCUACCCACCCUCCGACCAGCCCUCGGCAAAAAAGCCGAGGAUAAACUCAAGAAGCUCGGCGUCGAUGUCCUCUACAACACUCGCGUAGCGGCCGUUAGCCCAUCCUCUAAUAACCGCACCGCUGUCACUCUCACUAAAGGUGAUCGCCUCGAAGCCGAUCUAUAUAUCCCGGCGCACGGCGUCCUCCCCAACACUUCCUUCCUUCCAUCCUCCCUCCUAACCACCUCGGGCUACCUCAAAACAAACGCCUCCACCCUCCGCGUCGACGACGCCGGCGCCCGCGUCUACGCCAUUGGCGAUGUAUCCUCCUACUCCCGUAACAACAUCCUCGACAUCUACGACGCUCUCCCUAUCCUGGGAAUCAAUCUGAAGCGUGAUCUACUCGCCUACAACCCACAAUACCCCAACGAGAAAGCGCCUGGAAAGGACAGGUUAUAUAAACCUAAUACGAGUGAGAUGAUGAUUGUACCGAUUGGUAGUGCUGGUGGUGUUGGGGUGAUUUUUGGCUGGAAGGUGCCGAAUUGGUUUGUUUGGUUGCUGAAGAGUCGAGAUUUUAUGGUGGGGAUGGGACCGCCGGGGGUCGUUGGUGGGGGAAAGGUGGCGAAGGAGUAUGCUUGGACAAAAGAGGAGGCUGUUUAG